AUGGUUUUGGAUUACAGCAAAUGGGAUGCUCUCGAGCUCUCUGACGAUUCGGACAUUGAAGUCCAUCCCAAUGUCGACAAACGUUCGUUUAUUCGAGCCAAGCAAGCUCAGAUCCACCAGCAACGAGCUCAGCGCCGCCAUGAGAUCGAGACGUUGAAGUACGAGCGGAUUAUUAACGAUGGCCUAAUUUCUCGCAUCGAUAGCCUCCUGGGUGCGCUUCAGCAACAUGAAGAUUCCUCUCGCAGCCUGGAAGAAAUCGUCUUCAAUUUCAUCGUUGAGUCUGCGAGCAACCCGGACCAGGAUAGACCCCCCGCACCGCCGGAAGGAGUUUAUACCCACGAGAAGGAACAACCGAAGUAUUCGCAGAUGAUGAGCUCGCUGGUGGACCAGGUCAGGAAAGAGAUUGGUGACUCAAACCCCGAAAACCUUACCCAGGCAUACAUUAAAGGCGUGAAGGAACAUAAGAGCAAAGUCGAAAGUCUACAGAAGGAAUUGUUGGAGAAACUUGCCCAGCUUGAAAAGGAGGAGAGAAGCAAGAUAACCAGUGAUCAGAUACACACCGGAUUUGAUACAUCCUUUGUGGCGAAAGCGAGCGACAAGCCCACAGGUUCGACAUCAGUCGAGCUCUUGAACCCGGGGGUUUUGAAUAAGGAUGCCUCAGCUGCACCAGCUACCGGUGCUGGCGAUGAUGACUACGAUCCGGCAGACAUGAAGGCUAGUGAACUAGCAAAGCAAUUCUCGAGGAUCAAACUUGGCGAAUACAGGGCUUCUCUUCAGUUCAUCUCCGAGCAUCCCGAGAUUGUCGCCGAGAAGGAAACGGACGGGUUACUUGUUGAAGCUUUCAACAGCCAAAUGGAGGGAAAGGAGGAAUAUGCGCGCCAAUGUGUACAUCAGGGUCUGCUUCUGCAGUAUUGUCGAUCACUGGGUCGGGAUGGUAUCGCGCUCUUCUUCAAGCGAAUCACAACCAAAGAUCACCAGGCAGGAACUAUAUUCAGGAACGAUGUCAACGAGACCUACAACAAAAUCAAGACCCGAGCUGCAGAACUAGCCAAGGAUAGCUCAGCCGCCAACGACCCGGCCGGUGUAGAGCAGAUUCAAUUACACGCCGUUGACCCGAACACCAAGAUCACAAUCAAUAUCCCUCCCACCGACAGCACGGAGCCGGAGGUCAUCGAAGCGCGUAGAAUUUUUGAGUCCUUCUCGCCAGCUCUGCAAGCAGCCCUGAAGUCCGAAUCGUUGGAUGAGGUCAACAAGGUUCUCGGUAAGAUGAGCGUCGAAGAGGCAGAGGAGGUCGUCGAUAAGCUUGGACAGGGCGGAAUGCUUAGCCUUGAGGAGGGGAUUGUGGACGCCACCACCGAGGAAGGCCGCAAGAAGCUGGAAGAGCUCGAGGCAGAAGGAAGGUCUCACGGCGUUGCUGAGGAUGUGGGAGAGCCCGGCGGCGACAUUACCGAAUUGGAUUAA